GGAUGCGGAGCUUCCCGUCCCACCCCCUGAGCCUAUACCUCCAUGCGGGCCCGCAGAUUGGCUCCUGGUUCGGAAGUUGUGCUCCCGCUGCCGGAAGCGGUCCGGAGGCGGGCACUAAAGGGUCAGAGAGCAACUGAGUGACUGGCGCACGUUUGGGGUUGCGGCUCCGGCGCAAAGCCCACCAGGUACUGGGGAGGUGGGGUGUCCUGCCCGGGGAGGAUCCAGAAGCCGCGAGCGGUUUUUAACCGGAAGCUCUAAGCCUGGGACCGUGCACGGGGAAAGGACUGCAAGUAGAGGGAAGGGCUUGUGCAAAGGACUUGAAUCUCGGCGCAUUCCUUACAGUGUGGCUGGUGGGAGAUGCGAGGGAGGCUGCAGAAAUGGGCGGGGGCUAGACCACCUGGUUCUAGAGCUUUGGAGGCCACCGGAAGGAGUUGGGGUUUUAUAAUAUAGCCCGGGUGCGAUAUUUUGCAAAUUCUGUUAAUUCAUCCAGUACAUUUUUGUUGAGUGUGUGCUAUAUGUGUGUACUUUAGGCACUGAGGAUGCAGCAGUGAACAAAACAGUGCGUGCCCUGGCAGAGCUGCUGUUCUGAUCUCCCGAUGACAGGGUGCAGCCCUGUGUUGGCCGUGCGGCACGUCAUGGGUGUUUCUCCCGUACUGGUGCGGAGAGGCCUCCUUGGAAGGGACCUCUUUAUGACCAGGACUCUCUGCAGCCCAGGCCCCAGCCAGCCCAGAGAGAAAAGACCUGAGGAGGUGGCCCUCAGGCUGUACCACCGCCUCACAGCCCUGGGAGGAGCCCUGGGACACAGCAUUCAGCAGCGAGCGUCCUCCAUGGCCAAGACUUGGUGGGACAGAUACGAAGAGUUUGUUGGACUCAGUGAGGUUCGAGAGGCCCAGGGAAACGUGACUGAGGCAGAGAAAGUGUUCAUGGUGGCUCGAGGGCUUGUCCGGGAGGCUCGGGAGGACUUGGAAGGUCAGCAGGCCAAGCUGAAGGAAGUGAGGGACCGCUUGGACCGCAUCUCCAGAGACGAUAACCAGUACCUGGAACUGGCUACUCUGGAGCACAGGAUGUUGCAGGAGGAGAAGAGGCUUCGUAUGACCUAUCUGCGUGCCGAAGACUCCGAGCGAGAGAAGUUCUCCCUCUUCUCUGCAGCUGUGCGGGAAAGUCAUGAGAAGGAGCGCACUCGGGCUGAGAGGACCAAGAACUGGUCCCUCAUUGGGUCAGUCCUGGGGGCCUUGAUUGGUGUGGCUGGCUCCACCUACGUGAACCGUGUGCGGCUACAGGAGCUGAAGGUCUUGCUUCUGGAGGCUCAGAAGGGGCCCGUGAGCCUCCAGGAAGCCAUCCGAGAACAGGCGUCCAGCUACUCCCUCCAGCAGAGGGACCUCCAUGACAUCAUGGCGGACCUGAGGGGCCUGGUGCAAGCUGGGCCUGGGCAGAGCUCUUUGUCCCAGGCAGGUACUUCCCCCACCCAAGAUAGAGACACAGAUGUCCUUUCAGCUGCCUUGAGAGAGCAGCUCAGCCAUUCCAGGCAGGUCCAUUCAUGUCUAGAGGGUUUACGAGAGCAGCUUGUUGGCCUGGAAGAGACUUUGAGCCAAGUGGCUGGGGUGCUUCAGCUUGCAAAGGCUGCAGCACACCCAGGCCUGGUGGAGCCGGCAGAUGGGGCCCUGUCUGGGUCCUUGCUGGAACAGGGGAGCAUGAUCUUGGGGCUGUCGGACAUGGAGCAGAGGCUAGAAGCCCAGGUCAACAGGAACACCAUCUAUGGCACACUGGUCACCUGCGUGACAUUUGUGGCCAUCCUGCCUGUGCUGUAUAUGCUGUUCAGGGCCAGCUAGCCCCUGGACCCACCUCCAGAGGGAGGAGGUAUGGAUGUAGAUUUAGUUAGAGAAUGAAGCAAUGAAGUGAGCCUUCAGGGGUGCACUCAACCUCAGCCUGAGUCUGUGUGGCUCACCAGCAGACAUACUUUGCUUUUUCGGCAACACUCAUUUACAUUAACUGUCGAAAAUUUGUGCUAAUGUCCAAUUAAAAUGUCUUUAAGUUUGUCUUAUUUAAA